CGACAUGGCAUCCGUCACCGUGGCACCUAAUCCACCCGAACGACGACCAUCCUUCCAACCAUUCCAAUGUCAGGUUUGUCAAAGCCGCUUCACUCGCCAUGAGAACCUCAAACGACAUGCUGCGCUUCAUGCACGUUCCCAACAUGAGACCUCCUUGACCUGCGAGUUUUGCCCAGCAACAUUCUCGAGAUCAGACCUCCGACAGCGACAUGUGAAGAGAAAGCAUCCCGAACACCAAGCCAACCGACCUAGGAAGCGGCAGAUGCUGCAAAAAGACAAGGUCUCAUCUGCGUCUCCUCCAGACACUCAGACUGAUCUGCCCUUUGUCACCCCAGAAGAGCAAGGUGACUUCGAUGUUGACAGGAUAUGGCACACUGCUCUGCGCUAUGAUCAGCAACAGCCAGACCUUGAUGCUCACAAAGACCUUGCAAGCAGCGUAUCAUCAAGCAACGGGGUGGCAACAGUUCUCACAACAACACAACCGUCAUCAGACAUCGACAAUGUGUUGGAAGGGACGUUAAGACUUGGAUCGGAUCCACUGUUGGAGGCGACGCCAACGCAACCUCCACCGUUCAGCGCCUUCAGCAACUUCCCGGGCUACAAUCAAGGCAGUCCUAGCAGAUGGUUCUCGGCUGAAUCGCCACAAGUGCAGGAUGACUGGAAGGUUUCAACAACGCAGGUUGCUCGAGGAACUGAGUUGUUCUUUAACCACCUCUCACCAUUUCUCCCCUUCAUUCAUCGACCGACGUUCGAUGCCAACAGGACAGACAGACGUCUUCUCCUUGGCAUGCUCUCCCUUGGGUAUCAGUACGGUGAAGAUCCGGACUAUGGAGAGCAAGCUGGUUCGGGCGGGAGUUUAUCGAUGCAAUGCUUCCAUCAAGCCCGCGCGCUCCUUGCAUCUGACAACGAUGAUCAGCACCUCGACACUGUUCGAAGUACGACCACUGUACAGGCUUGCCUGCUACUGCAGGUGUUCACUAUGAUGUAUCUCUGCGGAAGCGCAUCGGCGUAUGGCCUCAAGACACAUUUCAAGAUCAUCGCACUAGCGCGAGCAGGAGGGCUCAUGCAGCCCGUGACGGCCGAGGCAACAGCGGCCACGGAUCUGGACUCUCUCUGGCAUCAGUUCAUCCAGUCUGAGGCGCACAAACGAACGUGCUUUGCUGUUCACCAGAUCGACGCGCUAUGGUAUCAGGUACUCUCUGUACCUCGCUCGUUGUCGCAUCUGGAAAUCAAACACGAAUUGCCAUGCCCGGAAGAUCACUGGACAGCAGCGACUUCUGGAGAAUGGGCACACAGGCAACUACUUCUGCGUCAGGCCGGUUCUACAGUGCAAUAUCCAGAGGUUGUCCGACGAUUCUUGUCGUCCAACACAGAUCUGUGCACGUUACCACCGUUCGAUCCAUACGGCACUAUCAACAUAACCCAGUUCUUGAUAUCUAGCGCUCGAGAAAUAUCAGGAUGGUCUACAAUUACCGGCAUCCUCAGCAUCGAAAGAGUCGAGCCGCUUAGAUCUUCUCUUGUUGCUCUGGAAGCUUUCACUCGACCGCAUGGGGCCAACUCAGAUCCAACACUCGCUUCCCUCGGUGAAAUUGCUUGGGAAACAGCAAUGAUCGAACUCCAGAUGUGGUCACCAACGCAUACUGGUGGUAUCAUUGAGGGAAGCAUGGAUGCAGUGCUUCACCAGUUGACAGACCAUGCACCAUCGUGCGAGUUCCUAUGUGAAUCGCGCAUCUCAGAUUUGGUCCAGCCACAUGUCGACUGGUUCCUGCGCUAUCUAGACGCAACAAUGUUACCUGACACGGAGGCGCCGUGGGUCGUCUUAUAUGCAUACAAGGCCUUCAUGAUCGCGUGGCAGCUUGUCCGUGACGGGAUCGUAGGGUCGAUGCAGGUCGUUGGGGUGCAGGAUGGUGACACGCAAGGUGCUCUGGCAUGGGCGCGGAAGGUAUUUGGACGACGACAGCGGUGGCAGCUCGGCAAGAUUGUCAUGAAGUGUAUAGACCAACUGGAAGCUAGGACGUCUCCGGGAUUAUUAGAAUGAUGGAUCAGCUGUCAAUAUCACUGUAUCAAUACAGGCAUUUCUGAGUCAAGCUUCGUUGAGAGACAAUACGACGAGUCUGCUGGUACUGACACCUGUGAUGCUAUUGUACAAUGUUCAUAUCUUUCCCAUGGUGACACAGUCUGCCACGAAAAGGCUUUUGUAUGGAAUCGACAGUUCAAAG